AUGGCCAGCCAAAUAAUUGAGGUAAAACUUCCAGAACCACAACAGAAAGUGUUUAGCGGGGAAGUGUUUCCUUACAUUGUUUCACCUGCUGACAGCUCUGAUCUUGCUGACAUUAACAAGACAUGUUACUUGGUUGAAAAUAACAGAGAAUAUGUCGAAUCAUGUCUGAUAAAAUAUGGCGCUGUCUUAUUCCGCGGCUUUCCAAUAGAAAACCCCGAAAUGUUUGACAAGUUCGUCAAAGCGUUUGGUUAUGAAGCACUGCCUUAUGUCGGUGGAGCAGCUCCAAGAAAGUUAGUGGUCGGCGACGUAUUUACAUCAAACGAAGCCCCACCGGAAAUGCUUAUUCCCUUUCACCAUGAAAUGGCCCAAGUACCGACGUUCCCGAAUGUUUUAUUUUUCUUUUGUAAUAUCAGUCCACCAGACGGAGGUCAGACACCACUUGUUUUAUCUAAUCUAGUUUAUCAACAAAUGUUAAAAUUAAACGAACCAUUUGUAAAUAAACUUUUGGAACUCGGUGUCAAGUAUACACGGGUUCUUCCGAACGGAGACGAUCCUACGUCACCCAUAGGUAGAAUGUGGCAAUCUACUUACGGGACAACGAACAAGGAAGAAGCCGAAAAGAAAGCACUUGAGUUAGUCGGUAGCAUUGAGUGGCUUUCAGAUGGCUGUCUAAGAACAGUAACAGAUGUUCUCCCAGCAAUAAGGGAAGACAAACGCACGGGAAAAAUGACAUGGUUUAAUUCUGUGAUAGCUGUAUACCGUGGUUGGAAGGACAGCAGAAAUUCUCCAGAAACAUCAAUUACAUUUGGAGAUGGAUCACCCAUGAAUCCUGAUGUCAUGACAACACUGGAAAAUGUUCUAAAUGAGCUAGCUAUUGAUUUUAUGUGGAAGAAACACGACGUAGUGAUGGUUGACAACCGCCAGGUAUUACAUGGCAGACGAUCAUUUGUCCCACCUAGACAAAUUCUCGCAGCACUUUGCAAAUGAACACUGAAUUUGUCUUUCUCUUUUUGUCUUGUUAUGGUAUAUUAAUUACUAUGUAAUGCAUUAUUUUCAUAUGAAGUUUAUUUUUGUGUUAUUGGCAUUAAAGGUAUUGUUGAUGCUGUACGGUACCUUUUAUCAGAUAACAUAUUUAUCUACAAUUUUGACAUUGUCGUAUUGUCUUAAUCAAUCCUUAGCGAACAGUUGAGGUCGGAUGAAAAUAACCAGCGACUCAUAACUGAAUUAUUUUUACUAACCAUAGCCAUUACAUCAAAUAUCAAGAGAUUAUAUUUUUGCACGACGUAUAUUCCUCUAUAUAUGUUUUGCUCUAGCGCCUUUUUGUUAACAGACAAAAGGCUUUGUUAAAAUAUAAAUCUUGAUGAACAUGGUCGAGCUUAAACAAGCGUAAAAGUUGAGAAUUAUAAUGGAGAUACCAUCGUUACGAUUCAAACUUCAUUUUUUAAAUUGUAUUGUACAAAAAGUUAUAUAAUAAAGUAUUUUUGUUCAACCUUGAA